UCCACAUACAAAUUUAAAAUUUAGAAAAGAAAAAGCAAUUCGUUAACAAAAAAAAAAUAAAUAAAUAAAUAAACGGCCCAGACCAUGAUUGCUGCAGCCUUCAGUGCUAUGCUUGUGGUCGCCACGACCGUACGAGCCACGUACGUGAAUGAAUGGGACAAGCCUUUUGAGUUCAGAUGUCCAGAAGGUCAAGUCAUCAUGUACAUAUCCAGCGUCCAUGAGAAUUUCUACGACGACAGGCGAUGGGAGUUCAUCUGCAGGACUGUUGGUUACACUCACAAUUGUGUUUCUAGUGGUAGGUUGAGACUAAUUAUAUAUAUAUAUAUAUAUAUAUUCUUUUUUUUUUUUAUGUUUUCUGCGUAACCAAGUUUUAAAACACAUUAUGAACAGUUUGAAACUAAAGAAUGCUGUUGACGGAAAUAAGUUGCUAGGGAAAUUUCAAAGUCAUAACUCAGCAUCUUCAUUUCCCGAUUCAGUAUUGUUUCUCUUAACUGAUAUAUUAACUUUCACUGACUUUAUAUGCCGGUAUAUUAAAUAUGUAUUUCCUUCUUUGAUUACGAUGGGUGAAAUAUUUCAUAAAGUAGAGGAUUUGAAAUAAAUUAACAGGAUUUCAACAGCUAAAAGACUUAGAGAAAUAAAAUAUAGAAAAACGAGAAAGUCAAAUUCCAAAAUUGGUUAUUCAGUGCAUGGAUAGAUUGUUACUUUUUACAGAGGAGGACAUUAAACAGACCAAGUCACUUCAAAAUCCAAGAAAGAAAGCUAGAAAUACAAUAAAAUAAAGUACAAAGCAAGGUCUUUUUUUUUUAAAUCUCAAAUUCGAAAUGUUUGAUAGAUUCACGCAUGCUAAAGCGUUUAUUUAUAUCAAAUAUGUACCUAAAUAUUUUCCAACAUCCACUAUCCAGAUUUGAUUGGGAUGUCGAUCUCUAAGAUCUUUAAUAAUAAUUCCCAAGGGGAUAUUGUCCGUUCCGCUCUCAAUGCGCACUGUGCUGCGCUCUCAUUCGCCACUUCCCCCGUCGUGCACCUGAUCUGGUACAACCAAAUAUGCUCAACAGAAGCAUGUCUACGUCAUUCAAUUUCACAAACAAGGUUUAGCAUUCUGUCACCUCCUCUCAAUACUUUGAAACGAUGACAAACCCAGAACUUCGGAAAUAUUUGAUAAAAAACAGUUUGAGCUGAAAUAACACUAUAAAAAUAUUACAUGGUCAGUGUGGGCAAACGAUCCAUCCAUCAAAGUCUGUGCAUCUGUAAUUAUUAUUAUAAAGUAUGCACCUCUUCCCGUAUUUUACACUCACUACGUUUUUGUUUUGGUCCACCUAGUAACUAAUCAAUUUCGAAAAUUAUCAUCAAUAUUGCUUAUAAAAUUAACUCCCCCCCCCCACUCCUCUUGAUUUUUACAUCUUGUUGUUUUAUGCGCUUCUCGUUUUUUUAUUUUUAAAUCCCAUAAAACAGUAAACUUUACAGAUCUCUGUUUGCAUAAAAUAUGCUCAUUGAAUGUUUCCUAAAAUAACUUUUUGGGUUUUUUUUGCAAAUUUCUUUUAUGUAAAACAUAACAUUAAAAAAAUUAAAUAACGCCUGACAUGAAUUUAUAAACAUAUUGGAAAUGUAAUUGUUCAAAAAUUCCCAAACCAAUGUUGACAAGAAGAAUGUUUGUGUCGAUAUUGUGGCGAGUUCGGACCACGACGGCGCCGGGGGCGUCUGACCAGGGAUCACAAUUGACUUGACCAGGGAUCACGAUCGACUGAUCAAAGCGCACGGCAGAUCUCGCAGCAGGGUUACCGGCUAUCUGACCAGGUACAGCCGGUGCCAUCUGACCAGGGAUCACGAUCGACGGAUUAAAGCGCCUGGGGGCGGUACCGGCCAUCUGACCAGGGUAUUUUCCUGGGACGACUGGAUGGUAACCUGGCGCCGACUGAUCAAAGGGGCGGCGCGAGUACAGACCUGGGGAAGGAACUCUAUGAACCAGUGACUUAUAAAUAGGGACCUCUGGACGGGACGGAGAACGCGGCCGGACAGAGAAGCAGACAGUCAGGGAGAGCUCUGACGGUAUGAGAAGAGGGCAUUCAGAGUUGUGAGACGAGAGAAAGUAUAAGCGAAGUGUCAGCCUACUAAAGAACAAGAUUAUAAUCAUCAGAUGUUAUCGCCUGAGUUGUUUCCUUAGUGAAUGCCAGAUAUAGAUGAAGGUUAGCAGAGAGUAAGCAAGGUUUCCUUACAAUAUUUUAAUUGGUGCACUGAAACUUUCCCGUCAAAUCUUUUUUUUUCCUCCAUUUAACCCAGGUUAUGUGAAUGAAUAUGACAAGCCGCUGACCUACACGUGCCCAGGGAAUGGCGUCAUAGCCGGAGUCGAGAGUAUCAACGACAACUACUAUGAAGACCGUCGCUUCAAAUUCACGUGCUGCGACGUGUCGCUGAGAGUCCCGGUGGAGUGCAGCACCACAGACUACAUUAACAAUUUUGACGGCAAGAUGACCUUGCUGGUGCCCGAAGGACAGGCCGUUAAGAGCAUCUACAGCUGGCAUGACAAUUACUACGAGGACAGACGUUGGAAAGUUCAACUCUGCCAAGUCUGAGCCAUGUUUGAAGCACUUGGGAAAGGAAAGAAAAUUAUCUGAAUUCAUCUUUAUUAAAUCGUAUGGAAUUUAAUUUAGCGUCUUUAGCUAAACUUACGUCAGUUUAGAAAUGUAAAUUUAUGAGAGAUAAAAUCUAAAUAAAGUAAG